GCUGAACUUGCUCGGAGAGUAUUUACUUCUCACAUGAGGGCAUAUGCGACCCAUCCCUCAAACGAGAAACACGUCUUCCAUGUCCGACACCUUCUGAUUCAUAUCGGUCAUCUCGCAAAAGCAUUCGUCUUGCGUGAAGCGCCGAAGAUGAUUACUGACGGGAAGAACAAAUUGACCAGUGCGUCCAGAGGUCGUGGCUUGUGUCCCGCUAAACCCACAAAGCAA